AUAGACGCAACACGCUCUAUGCCGAAAGCCUUACAGCAUUCGACCGAACAAACUUUACAACAAGCUCGUUCUAACUUGCAACAUAGAAUAUGUUGUGUGUUUGUGAUGUAGGUGAGCGAAAAAUCAAAUGAUCUUAAUUGCAUUGCGCGAACAGAAAGAGCGCUAAGGGGGCUUGUGCGCGGGGUGGCAUAGAACCCCCAACUGUCCGAAUCGUGGCGCUGCGCGCAUGCGGUUUCCAGCUCGCCCCGCCCAAGCGAGCACUUUAGCUAGCUAAUAUCACUUCGAUGGCAACCAAUACGCAAGCAGCCUGCGCGCAGCGCCGUUCCAAGGCCCGGCAGUGCUCCACCGCUUCGCUUCUCAUCAGCCUCGCCGCGGCCGCGGCUGCUGCAGCUGCUGCGAGCGGCCAGCUCGGCCAGCAGCAGCCGCAGCAGCCCGCCUGCAUGGGUUACAGCGGCGGCCCGGUGGACUGGUGGCUGCUGCUCAAGUACCCAAGCGGCACCGCGGCGGGCUUGCUGGAGGGGGAGCUGCUGCGCGGCGACAGCUUCCUGACGCCAACGCCAACGUCAGCGGCGGCGGCGGCAGCAGUGCAGCACGGCCGUGCUCACGUGAGCAGCGAGGGAGGGUGGCGGCUGGGAGUCGGCGUCAACGACCCCGCGGGGCCGCUGCGCGCCACCCUCGCGGCUGCGGGUGCGGCAGCAGCUGCGGCGCCGGCUGCGGCAUCCGUGGAUGCUGACCGCUUAAGUGGCCACUCCGGGGGCAUGAGUGGCGCCGGGGCCGGUAGUAGCAGUAGCAUUAGCAGCAGCAGUAGUAACGUGCGGGGAUACGUCAUGUACAACGACGCGGACCCAGAGGGUGUGGAGCACUGGGCGGGCGCCCACGCCAAGGGCGUCCUCGUGCUGGGUCCGGAGGGCGGCGCCUGGGUCACACACUCCUUCCCGCGCUACCCGGGCCGCCCGCCGCGCGCCGCCGCUGCCCACACGACAGCUGCUGCGCCGCCGCCUGGGUCGCGGUGCUGCGCCGCGUCUUGGGCACUGGGAUGGAUGGUUCGCGGAGCCAAGGCCGCUGCCGCGGGUUUGGGGCUGUCAGGGUGGGCCCAGGCAGCGCUGGAACGGGCCUUCGGCGGGGAAGGCGAUAGUGGUACCGGCGGUGCUGGCAGUGGCAGCAGUGGCGGCGGCGGUGCCGGCAGCGGAGGCACCGAGGGCGACUGGGAUGUGGUGCAGCCGCCGCAGACGGUGUUUGGGCAGCACGCGCUGUGCCUCAGCCUCCCGGCGGAAGCGGUGGAGGCGGUGGCGGCGGGGCUGCUGCUGGCACGUGUGUAUGUGUACGACUACGUGCUGCCGCCGGACCUGGCGCAGCGGUAUGACACUGUACGGCAGCUCAUUGACGGGUCGGUGGGCGGCUGGGGGGCGCCAGGGCAACAGGCACGAGCAGAUGUGGGCAGUGCAAGCGGCGGCGGCGGUGGUGGGUGGUGGCAUGCGGGCUUGGCGAUAUCACGGCGGGUGCUUGGACGACCCGCAGCGGGGCAACAGCUGCGGCAGCAGGCAUGGGGGCAGCCGCAGCCAGCACCAGCGCACGUGGCCCCGGCCGCCAACACGUCUGUGCAGCAGCUGAGCACGGUGGGCGGCAUGCGGUGGCUGCACGUGGCCAAGUCGCCCGACCACACAGUGCCGUUCCACGAAGAGGUGUUGGAGCCGCUGCUGGGCGCGGCGGCCAUGGCCUGGGAGACGUGGCGUGUGGGCCCCAGCCUGCCCUCCCAGUGCCCCCCGGACACGCAGUACGGCAGCCUCAACGUGCGCCGGCUGGCGUUCCCGCCGCCGGGGGCCGCAGGCGCGGCAGCGAGCAAGGCAGCAGGGGCAGCAGGGGCAGCGGAGGCAGCAGGGGCAGCCGGGGCAGCCGGGGCAGCGGGGGCAGAGGCAGCUGAGGCGGCUCAGGUGGCGGCGGGUGCUUGGGUUGGCGAGGGGGUGGGGUGGGACUCAUUGAAGGACCACGGCAAGUGGGGCGUGAGCUUCACCAGCGUGGACAUGCGGCAGCGGGGGGUCAGCGGCCCAGGCGCUGGACAGGCGGUGCAGGGAGGGGAGGGCGUGGCGACACCCCGGGGCGGUGCUGCCGCCGCCGUGAUGCCCCAGCCAGGCGUGGCGUGCUUUGGAGACCUGAACCGCCAGCCCAGUCAGCGGUUCAGGGGCGGCGGGUAUGUGUGCUGCAGCGGCAGUAACAGCAGUGCAGCGGGCAGCGGCAGCAGCAGUAGCAGCAGGGGCGGUGGUGGGGCGGACCGCGAUGAGCAACAGGGAGGGGGUGCGGGCAGGCUGUGGGCGGCGAUGCGGGCGCUGGUGGCGGAGGUGGAGCCGUGUGCACCAGCGGCAGGGGCAUGGAGCAAGACGUGAUCGUGAGAGAGGCAGUGUGGAGAAUGCCUGCCAAUGCACGCUGGGUGUGAUAGGAAACCUUCCGUAGAUGGAGGCGCGGAAGGCAGCGGCUGGGUAUCUGACUAGGGUGCUGACAGGCCGUGUCAAAGUUGAGUUGAGAUAUAGGCACUAGAUUCGACGCCAGGCGGCUGGCAGAUGAAGC